UUCACUUCAUUUUAUUUCGUUUUCUUAUUAUAUUAUUAUUUUUUAUUUAAUCUCAUUCCUCAUUUCACAUUCUGUAUAUUCUUCCAAGUCUUCAUAUUCCUCUAACCUUAUUUCAAUUUAAUUCAUUUUAUUUUAUUUUAUCUCGUUUUAUUUUAUUUAAUUAUAAUUUUUUUAAUUCAUCUUAUUUACUUUCUUCUCUCACUUCAUUUAUUUUUUGUUUUGUUCGGUUUUUUUUAUAUAUUUUUUAUUCUAUUUUUUAUAUUAUUUUUUCAGGUCUGUGUAUGAAAUUUUAUUUUAAUUAAUUUUUAUAUUUUUUAAUUUUAUUUUAUUUAAUUUUGUUUUGUAUUUAUUAUUUAUUUUGUGCUAGUUUAUUUUUUUUUACUCAUUUUAUUUUAAUUUUCUGUUAUUUUCUUUUUUAAUUUUCUGUUUUAUUUUAUUCUGUUUUAUUUUUCUUAUUUCGUCGCAUUUAAUUUUAUUUUACAUAAGUUUAUUUUUUUAUUUUACUAUUUCUUUUAUUGUACUUCAUCUUACUUAUUUAAUUUUUUAUUUCGUUUUCUAUCCCUUUUCAUUAUAUUUCUGGUUUUUGUUCUAUUUAUUUUAUUCUAUUUUAUUUUACUUUAUUAUUUAUACUUUUUUAUGAAAUUUUAUUUUGAUUCCUUUUUUUAUUUUAUUUUAUUUCACUUUAUUUUGUGUUAGUUUACUUUUCUGUAUUUUUAUAUUUUUUUAUUUUAUUUAGUCUCAUUAUAUUUUAUUUCAUCUCACUUAUUUAUUUUCUUGUAUUGGUUAUUCCAUUUCAUUUCAUAUUUUUUUUAUCUUGUUUAUUUUAUUUUAUUUUAUUUUAUGUUAUUUUCCUUUUUCUUCAUUUUUACUUUUUUUGGACUUUAUUUUAUUUUGUAUUACUUUACUUACCUUACUUUAUUUUAUUUACUUCUAUUUUACUUUAAUUUUUUGUUUCGUGUUAUUUAACUUCAUUUUUUUAACUCAUUUUAUUUUAAUUUUUUCCUUUUGUAUUAUAUAUUUUAAUCUAUUUUUUCUCAUUUUAUUAAUUUUUUUACUUCAUCUCACUUAUUUAUUUUCUUUUUUUAUCUCAUUUCAUUUGUUUUUUGUUUUGUUCUGUAUUUUAUUACAUUUUUUAUGUUGUUUUCUGUUCUUUGUACGAAAUUUUAUUUUAAUUAAUUUUUAUUUAUUUUAUUUAAAUUUGUUUUAUAUUUAUUUUGUGCUAGUUUAUUUUUUUGCCUCAUUUUAUUUUAAUUUUUUUAUUUAAUUUCAAUACAUGUUUUCACUUUUUAUUAUUUUUCUUAUUUUAAUUUAUCUCAUUUUAAUUAUUUAAUUUAAAUUUAUUUAUUUUAUAUUAUUUUAUUUAAUUUAACUUUUUAAUUUGUAUGUAUAUAUAUUUAUUUUUUUCUAUUUAAUUUUUUUUUUAUUUUUACUUUAUCUCAUUUCAUUUUAUUCAAUUUUGUUUUAUUUAAUUUUUUUUAUAUUACUUACUUUUUAAUCUGAUUUUAUUUUAUUUUCUUUUUUGUCUCAUUUUAUUUCAUUUACUUAGUUGGUUAAUUUUCCCCUCUUUUUCUUAUCUCAUUUCGUUUUCUUUUCUUUGUUUGUCUGACUUUUUUCUCCUGUAGCUUUUACAACUUUUUAAUUUGGCCUAUUAACCAAUAUUUUCGCACUCGGUAAAAGCGGUCACGCAUCGUUGAUACAGUCGUGGGUUUAAGUCACUUGUCACUGCACCAACGCCAUUUCGUAUUCUGGGUCAAAGGUUGACAAGGUGUAAUUGGAAUUUGAAUGUGCAACAGUAACCAACAAAUAAAAGUAAAAGUGAGAUGCUCGGUGCUUCGGAAAAAGGGAUUAAAAUAUUUAGUCAGUCCACGCAUUUUGUUGAAAUCAGACGUGAAUUUGGAGAAAACGACAAAUGGAUCAUUGGCUAUUUCUAACUGUAUUUUCUUUUGUGAAAAUUUGGGGUGCCGAUGCAGAAGGGCUUAGCACUCUUGAAUCCUAUUUGGACGACACUCCCCACAAGAACCUACACCAUUUGCUCAACGAACUUUUGGCUUCGUCACGUAUUGAACGCUGUUUUGUUAUCAUCACCGAUAACGCCUAUCAACAUCUUUACGAUUACCAAUUCUUUGCCAAUCAACGUGCACCACGCGCCUAUUACUUCGUAAAAGUGCCACCGGCUGAGGAUUUGUUGGCGCCCAAUUAUCAAACUGUGCGAGUGUUAAAACAAAUACGUGCACAGAAUUGUGAGUUUAUGUUCGUGACACUGCUGAAUGGCCUGCAAGUGCAACGCCUCUUACGUUUCGUGGAAAAACACCGUUUACUCAACUUGCAACAGCGGUAUGUGGUGCUUCAGGAUACGCGGCUUUUGGGAGCCGAGAUGUGGUUUAUCUGGAGUAAUAUGAUAUCGACCGUAUUUGUGAAACCUGUUGAGAAGCAAAGGUUCCUCUUGAGCACCAUUGCGUAUCCAGAAAUUCUGAAUGGUUUAGUGGUGACGAAACGUUUAAUGGUGUGGGAAAAAGGUAAACGUAUCAAAAUUAACCAACUGUAUCAGGAUAGAACUUCAAAUUUGAAAGGCUUUUCAUUGCCCGUCGUGAUCUUCGAACAUGUGCCCAUGGUGAAACGCAGCGCAGAUAAUGCCAGCUUUGUGGGGCUGGAGGUCGAAAUUUUGAAGACACUUGGCGUCAAACUCAACUUUUUGCCUAGAUUCUAUGAGACCAACGAUGCUGCUUUCGAGCACUGGGGCAAGAAGUUGCCGAACGGCAGCUACUCGGGUAUACUUGGAGCUAUGGCAAAUCGUAGCGCGCGAAUCGCCAUCGGCAAUCUGCAUAUGUUUAAACUUUAUGCCUCCGUUAUGGAUCUAUCUUGGCCCCAUAGUUUCGAGUGUUUGACAUUUCUAACACCAGAGUCCUCGCAGGAUGAUAGCUGGCGUACACUAAUACAGCCGUUCAAUGGCAGCAUGUGGGCGGGCGUUCUGCUUUCGCUCUUUAUAGUGGGCACAGUUUUCUAUGUGAUCUCCAGUCUCCACGCUAUAUUGCUAGAGCGACGUAUUCGUCACGCACGCCGUAUACAAAAUUGGAGAGAUUGGCGCAGCAAAGGACUCUUUCAACCUCGUCGCAGCUUCGAUACGAAACUUUUUCGGGAUGUAAAUUUUCGUCGCUAUCUGAGCCGCUUAAAGUCGCUGCCCCAACGUAAUAUCGACCUCUUCGAUGAAUAUUCCAAUUGUCUGCUCUUCACCUAUAGCAUGUUAAUGUAUGUUUCAUUGCCACGCCUACCACGCACUUGGAGUUUGCGUGUGCUCACCGGUUGGUAUUGGCUCUAUUGCAUUUUACUGACGGUCAUCUAUAGAGCCAGCUUGACGGCGAUUUUGGCCAAUCCAGCUGCGCGUAUUACUAUUGACACGCUGGAAGAGUUGUCCAAGAGCUAUGUAACCAGCUCUGCAUGGGUGGAUGAGAAUAAGAAAUUAUUUGUGGAGGCGUUCGAUGAAGUCGCGCAAGAGAUUGGCCGAAAAAUGGAGAUAGUGGAUAACAUCGAAACUGUGACUGACCACAUUACCAAAGGUGAAUACGCCUACUUCGAUAAUGAGUAUUUCCUCAGAUAUUUGCGCAUGAAGGGUGCUCAACGUCGCGAGGAGCAGCAAUUCACCGAAGUAGUGCUGCAUAUAAUGCGUCAAUGUGUGAUACAGAUGCCAGUGGCCUUAGGGUUGGAAAAGAAUUCACCACUACAACCGAAUGUGAACAAAUAUUUGAGACGUCUAAGUGAAGGAGGCCUCAUCGCCAAAUGGCUGAAGGAUGCCAUUGCUGAGCUUCCCGCCGAGGAGCGCACACCACAGGAGGCAGUGAUGGAUUUACCAAAGAUAUGGAGCUCAUUUGUAGCGCUUGGCAUUGGUUACUUUCUGGGCAUAUUGGCCAUAGCAGGCGAAUGGCUGCACAACGAGUAUGUUGUGCGAAAACAUCCACUCUACGAUGCGUACAAUAAGAAUUUGUAUUACAAUUUUAAGCGUCAUUUCUCAAAUUACUAACUAUCAACUACAUUACUAUGAUAAAUAAAUAUUAAAAUAAAAGCGCUGAUUCUUGAUUGAUACGGUGGUCUCUUUUCACUGCGCAACACUUUGAAUGGUAAAUGAGAAGUGGCGUUCGGUUAAAUGAAAAUCAAAGCAUUUGUGGUUUCACACUAUUUAAGUAAAUAGUUUCAUA